AUGGAAAACAUGUCAAACCAUUCAAAUUCACCAAAUAACAUGCCAGAGGAGGAAAAUGCCGACUCCCAAAACACAGAGUCCAUCUUCUCUGGACCAAUGAUGGACUCUGGAGAAGAUCUUCAAAUGCUAAAUGCUCAUGCAGAGCCUACAGCCUCAACUUCAGCAUCAGAUCCUGCAGGGAUGUCCACACAACCGACACACCCAGAUCUUGACACCAUGAUGGCACCUCUCAUGGAAGCACCAAACUCUCCACCAGUUAUGCUAAAUUCAGACCCUGAGGCACUGUGUCCAUUACUGUUGCCAGCUUCAAAUUCGGAAGCACUAGCUCCACUGCUAAUGCCAACCUCAGACUCUGGGACACUCUCUCCACUGUUAAUGCCAACCUCGGAUUCUGGACCAUUGUCACCACUGCUCUCCACUCCUGACAAUGGAUUAGUAUCCCCAGGGCUGAUGACAAUUCCUGACUCUGAACCAACGUCCCAGGCACCAGAUUCUACAGAGGCAUCACAGUUGGCCCUGCCAGUUUCAGCCUCUGGAGUAAUGCCUACAGCACUUGAGGGGACCUCAUCCUCUGAUAUGGUGUCAGCUCCAUUGAAUCGGCCCUCAGAUCCUGGGGAAAUAUUCUCACUACUAAUCGAAGAUGCAAACUCUGAAGCGGCUUCCGCACAGCCCAUGCCAGCUCCAGUCUCUGUAGAAAUAUCACAAGUGGAAGUUACUGAUGAAGACAUGCAAGCAAUGUCCAGUGUGUUAUUAGCUGCAGUAGAGUCUGGAGAUAUACAUUCACUGAUAAAUUCAUGCACAGACAGUGAAGCGAUAUCUGCAAUGAUAGCGUCAACCAUAGCUUCUGGAGCAACAGAAACUGAGCAAGUGCGUGCACAAGAUUCUGGAGAAAUGUCUACCCAGCCAAUGUCAGGUCCAGACCCUGCAGUAGUGUCUUCUUCACUCACAUCAAAUCAAGGCUCUGAAAUGACAUCUACACCAUUCGUACCAGUUUCUGGUGGUGGAGAAAUGUCCUCAUUGCCAACACAAGUUCCAGAUGCUAGAGUGAUGUCCCCACUACUAUUCUCAGCUCUAACCUCUGGAGUGAGACCCACCCAGCUGAUGCCAGUACAAGGAGCUGGAGUAAUGACCCCGCCAUUGACACAAAAUCUAGAUUCUCAGCUUAUGUCUACUACAAUGAUGAGUGCAACAGCCUCUGGGGUAAUGUCCACACUGUCUGUGAGACCCUCAAACCUUGGAGCAAUGUCGACACAAAUGAGCACCUCAGCCUCUGGAAACAUGCCUACAUUGCCAAAUUCAGUUCUGGUCUCUGGAGCCAGCUCAUCUGCCCCAAUGAUGACUGCCACAACCUCUGGACCAGUGAUCAUGGAACAGAUGUCAACUGCACCUUCUACAGAGAUGCCCUCAAAGUCCUCAAAGGCCAGAAAUUCUAGAGGUUCUUCAAAAUCUUCAGCCAAGAGGGGAACAUCCACAUCUUGUAAGAGAUCAUCAGCCUCUAAAUCCAGGUCCACACCACAAAGGAGAGCUUCUGUCUCUGGAGCAAUGUCCAGAAAGCCAGUUGAAGCUCCAGUCUCUGAAACUAUAUCUAUACCACAACUGACAGCCCAAUUCUCUGGUUCAACGUCCACAUUGCAGAUAAGAAACCCUGUUUCUGGAGUCAUAUCUGUGCCACAAUACAGACCCACAAUCUCCGGAGUAGCAGCUGAAUCAAGAAAGAGAGCCUCAGCCUCUGCAACAGUGUCUACUCCCCCCAAAAUAGCCAAAGCCUCUACAGCCAGGCCCACACUGGCAAUGAGAGACACAACAGCAGAAGCAGUGUCUAUGCCCCAAAUGAGAACUCUGGCCUCUGAAACCUUGCCCAAGGCACCAAUGAGUUCCAAAGCCCCAGAAGCUAUGUUCAUGAAGCACAUGACAACUGCAACUUCUGGAGAGAUGCCCUCAAUGAUAAUGAGUAACACAGCAUCAGGACCCAUAUCCAUGCUACAUAUGACAGACACCAACUCUGCAGGUAUAUCUACACCUCUGAUGAGAACCUCUAGCCUUGGAGCAAUGCCAAUGACAACAAUGAUAACUAAAACUUCUGCAAAUGUACCCACUCAUUCAAUGGGCACCCAAGACUCUGAAGCUAUGUCCACAUUGUACAUGGGAUCCAUUCCCUCUGGAGGGAAUCCUCCACUGCAAAUGCGAUCCUCAGCCUCUGAAACCAUGUCUAUAUUCACAAUGAGAAACCCAAGCUUUGGAAUUAUGUCCACACCACUAACGGAAGCCCAAGACCCCAUCGAGAUGUCAUCACUGUUUACUACAGAACUGUCUACUGGAGAGAUAACCUCACCGUCAGUGAGAUUCCCAUAUUCUGAAGACAUAGGUACACCUCCAAGACCUCCAACUUUUGGAGAAACGUCAACUCCUCAGAUGACAGUCACAGCUUCUGGAAUGAUGCCUAUGCCACAAACGUGGCCUUCAGUCUAUACGGUGAUACCCACACCACAAGUUUCUCAAACAAUGAUGUCUGUGCCUCCAGUGACAGCCAGAGCUUCUAGAGGGGUGUCUGUACCACAGAUGAGAGCCUCAUCUACUGGGGCACCUUUUAUAUCACCUAUAAUGCCAAAACAACACAUGAAAACAGCUCCUGGAGAUAUGCAUCCACCAACUGUAACAGCUUCAGCCUCUGGAAUGAUGGCCAUACCACAAGUAAGAGCCCCGGUCUCUGAAAUGAUGUGUGCACCACCAAAGAGAGGAACUGCCACUGAAGUGGUGUCCACAUUUCCCACAAAGAAGCCUACUGCACAGAAGAUAGCCAGGUCCUCUGGGGAGACAUCCAAGUCAACAAGGAGAGAUAUAGCCCCAGAAAAAAUUCCAAGACCAUCGAUGUCAGCCGUGGAUUCUGGAGAAGUAUCAGUGCCACUACUAAAAAAAACGACCCCAGGAUCAAAGUCUGCACAGAAGACUAGAGUUGCUAGUUCUGGCCCUCUGUCUGUGCCACAAAUGACAUAUGCACCUUCUGGAGGGAUGCCUGUGCCACCAAUGAGAUCCUCGAUUUCUGAAAUGUCUGAGCCUCUUCUGAGAGCCACAACCUCUGGAGGGAUGUCCAAGCCACAGAUGAAAGUCACAUCCUCUGGGGAAAUAUGCAUGCUACCAGAAAGGAACCCAAACCUGGGCACCACGUCCACACCACAAAUGACAGCCACAAUGUCUGGAAUGAUGUUCACUCUGGAAACCAAAACCACAGACGCUGAAGAAACAUCUGCCUCUCACAUCAAUGUCACAGCCUCUCAAUCAAAGUCCACACCACAUGAGACGACCACGGCAAAAAAAAAAAAAACUCCGCGAGAGGAAGUACCAUCCUUAGGCAUGCUGACCCCAAGUCUCCACUGCCUCCUAGAAGGCUACGGAACUCAAAAUCCGAGCCCUAAAGAGGAGGAGGCAGAUAUCAGUAAAGAGAAACAGAUUAGGGUGUUUUUGAAUAAUUCAGAAAAAAUGGCAUUUCUAAUCUCUAUUCUUUUGGGAGGAGCAGAGAGGUGGUCUAUUUUGCAGAUGGAAGUAGGAGCCACCGUCUUGGGUAAAAAUGCAUUGUUCUUGAGAAGAUCAAAGUACUUAUAUGACUCUUUAUCCAAUAUAGACAUCCUCAGUGCUGUUCUUUGCCAUCCCAAGCAGGGCCAGAAGUCUGUCAGGCAGUAUGCCACUGACUUCCUAUUGCUGGCCCAACACUUGUCUUGGUCUGAAGCCAUUCUACAGACCAGGUUCCUGGAAGGACUCUCAGAAGCUGUUUCCACCAAAAUGAGCCAGAUCUUCUUGAAGGUUGCUGGCAGCCUAAAAGAACUGAUAGACAGGUCUCUCUACAUAGAGUGCCAGCUGGCUCAGGAGAAGAAUUCCCAAGGCUAUUCAAACCAGGUUGUCGGAUCAGCUCGUAACCGUACUAAUGAAGAAACACUGAAUGGUAAUCCGAGUUCUCGUCAGCAGAAUGACGAGAACCGGAAUUUUCCUAAACGCUAUUUCUACCUGAGAGAGCAUGAAGAUCCCCUAAAGAGCCUGCAAGAACAUCUUCGAAAAAGCAGGGAUCCUGACAAGAAAUGACCUCUGAAUUCUUCUCCUGUUAUAUGUGGCUCAGCUGCUAACUUGAGGACUGGUUUCUGAACCCAUUCCAUUUAAAUAUAUCAUAAACCUUGUGGCCUUUCCCCAUUAGCUCCUCCUUCAGGCACACCCCACACAAAAUGCCACUUGUCAGAUUUGAUCUUCUCUUUUACCCUAUAUGCCUAAGAAUUGUUCUAAAAUCAGAGUGCAGAUUUCAAGUGUUUUGUGUAGAGAUCCUGAAUUCCCAUUACCAUUGAGGUUGUCUUAGUUCUUGGUCCAGAGAGACAUCUAGGAAGACACGUCAUGAUUUAUCUCAAAAUGGCC